AAACUUCCGUCGCAUAGUUUACGACCAUCAACUUGAUAGCAACACUGCGCCCAGUAUGUCGCAGAAACGGAAACUUGCUGACACCGCCGACGCAGAUAAUCAUGCACGAGGCCCAUCCAAGAAAAAACCGUUCAGGCCCGGCAAAGGACAUCGCAAGCACAAACGGCAAGACCUAGACCAAGGAGAGGGAAAGGGUCCCUCUAUAAGCGAGUUGAAAAGUCGCAUACGGGAUCUACGGCGUCUGUUAGACCAUGUGGAAAGCGACCCAAAGGCCAGGAUGCCUGCAAACGUACGGAUUGAGCGGGAAAGGGAGCUGGAGGCUUGUCAGCAUGAGCUAGAGGAAAAGACCGCAGCGGCGCAAGACGCAGAACGGAGAAGACACAUGAUCAGCAAGUAUCAUCACAUUAGAUUUUUCGAUCGCCAGAAAGCCACCAGAAUCCUCAAACGACUGCGACGUCAGUUAGCGACAGAGACAGAUGCGACCGAAGGGGCAGAUGAAACACCAGAAAGGCGCAAGCUGCUGCGGGAGAUCCACGACGCCGAAGUCGCAGUCAAUUAUGCCAUCUACUAUCCUCUCAUGAAACGGUACAUUGCCUUGUAUCCGAAGAGCAAGCGGGAAAUGAAGAACACUGACGGGGAAUCAAACACGCAAGAGGGAAAUUCUGAGAACACUGCCAAGGGAGAUCCAGAGAUGUGGGCGGCUGUAGAACGAGCAAUGGAGGAGGGCACGCUUGACAAGCUUCGCAACAGCGACGAUGGUAGUGCCGGUCGGCGGCCGCUGCCGAAGACAAAAUCGCACGGAACAACCAAAAAGAGUGCCAGAGAGAACGCAAAGAAGACGGCGCAGCCCAAGCAGCCACAGAUAGGGGAACAAGAGGACGAUGACAGUGACGGCGGUUUCUUUGAAUGAGCGAUUCUCCGUUGGCGAUACCCGACGCGCAUGUUUUCAACGACCGAUACGCCUAUAAUGCAUAUAUUGCGUUUAUACCGUUGCAUUUG